CUAACUUUCAUAGGUUAUAAAUUAACAGCGAGGUGUUUUGCUGUUGUUGGUGAAAAAACAUAAUAAUUAAUAAAUAAAUAAUUAAAAAAUGUCUAAUCGCAGCUUAGUAAUUAAAUCAGGAUUUCUUCGCGCUCCUUUGAGCAAUGGGAUCGGUCGUUAUGUUGGACAGUUGCAGAGAAUUACUCUUAAAUUUUGUAAAAGCCAUCCUACUAGUAAAGGAAUGAGAGAUUUUUUAGAGAAUCACUUACUAGACUUUGCAAAAGAAAAUCCUGGAGUUGUUGUCUAUGUCAAACCUAGGAGACACAGAACUCCUGUCAUGCUUGCUGAGUAUUUAAAUGGUGAAAAACAUUGGGUCGCUGUAAAGAAUUUCGAGAGUCUACAUAUUCAAAAGUGGCUUGAGUUAAUGCGAACUCAAGCUCAGGACGGCUCGGCUAUGAGAUUACGUAAAAUGUGGCACACAGAGUUCCCUUCAAUUCAAGGCCCUUGGUCACCUUUUACAUUUAUGAAUCCUAUUAGUAAUAUCACUAAAUUCCCAGAUAACGAACUUGGAGCAGCACCGGAUCAAAAGCCAACAGCUACAGAAAUUUUAUUAAAAAUGUAUCAAGCUGAAAAAAAUCACCCGACAAAAUCAAUUGGUGAAAAUAUUAAUUAGAAAAUUAAUUUUAUAAUUCUAUAAAUAUUUAAAUAUAUGCAAGACUAUUCGAUGAAU